AUGAACAAAGUCACUGACUACAAUACUUGGUGGUUUCUGAACCACGGAGUUGUACAUGUAGAAAUCGAUGGAGUAGUCAGCUACGUGAUGGAAGACAUGCUAGAUUUCUCAGGAACUACCACAGAUCUUGAUAUUAAAGACUUACAAUCAGACUCUGUUGAACAGAUAGUUGAGCGUAUUCUGAACAUUGAAGGAGCAUGGAGCAUUGUUUACUACAACCGUAAACUCGAAAAACUAUUUAUUGGUCGCGAUGUAUUCGGGAGACAAUCAAUGGUAUUCAAUUUCCAUUUGAAAGCAUUCGGAUGUCGUUCGCAGCGUAAAUGUGCUGGAGAAUGGGUAGAAAUCCCAUUCGGACAGGUUACCGUAUUCGACCCGAUGAUGGAUCAGAGCCCAACUGUUUAUUCGUAUUUUGAAAGUUAUCCCGUGGGAAUCAUGGAAAAAUACUUCCCCAAACACCCUCCUAAACAUGUUUUCGUGCACAAUAAGGAUCCACUUCUGAAUGUGAGCAGAGCGAUUGGAGGACGAGUAGACGUAUCAAAUGCUAAAUUGCUAUUCCAAAAAGUCACCGAUGCAACCAAAGCUCUUUUGAGAAAAUACAACAAAAGCCACGUGAUCGUAUGUUUAUCUGGAGGUGUUGACUCAACAUUCAUUGCUCAUGCCGUACAUGCUAGUGUUGAUUCUGAUAUGACUAUUGAUCUGGUUAACGUCGCAUUUGGAAGUGGUAAAAAAGAAUGCGAGAAAGCUCCCGAUCGGAGUCGUGUCAGAAAAGCGUUGGAAUCACUUCGUGUGGCUUAUCCCAAACGUAAAUUCCGUCUAAUUCUGGUGAAUGUGGAUAAGAAAACUCUCGAACAGCACAGAACUGAAUCAAUCGCUCUUGCUGCGGAGCCAGCAGUUACAGUUCUCGAUGACUCGCUUUCUUGUGUUCUUUGGUUUGCUCUACGAGGAGAAGGUCUUGACAGUGACAACAUGAAUCCAGUGACAUCACCUGCAACCACAUGUCUUCUUGGAUCCGGUGCAGACGAACUUCUGGCUGGUUACGCUAGACACAGGACCAGAUUUGAAAAAGAGAAAAUCCCAAGAAACAUUGCAGAGGAAUGCGAGAAUGAAUUAAGAAGAUUGGGUUCUAGGAAUGGAGGACGAGAUGCAAGAGUGGCAUCGCAACUCAAAAAAACCAUUAUGUCACCACUGCUUGAGGAUACUGUAGUUAUUUGGCUCAAUUCUCUUCCAGUCGAUUCAAAAUGGGAUCUCUCGUUAAAACGUGGAGUGGGAGAGAAGCAAUUGCUUCGUGAGGCGGUGAAAAUGCUAGGAUCUCCAUAUGACGCUCCGAAACAAGCCAUGCAAUUUGGAUCGAGGAUGGCAAAGAUGAGUAACGGUAGCAAGACUAUUAAAGGAAGUGACAAAUCACCUCAUUUGGCAAUUGAAGAUAACCUCUGA